AUGUCGGGCCGGGUCGGUCGGAGCCCGCGGUCGCGAGGGCGGCGAGGCGCGCGGUGGGAGCCGGAGCCGAAACUCCGCUGCCAGCCUCCCCCUCCGCCCCCGCCUGGCUCCCCCCACUCCCCCUCCCCCCACGUGACUCGCCCCGCGCCCGCCCCGCGCGCGGCCCAAUCCCGUGGCUCCCGGCCCGGGGGCUGCGCGCCGAUGAUGUCAGCUUCGGCCAAUCGCAGGCGGCGACACACAGCGGCCCCGCCUGGCGUGACCGAGACUCUCCAUCACGGUGCGCGGCCGAGCGCUGCACUGCGCCCGACGCCGGAGCUGAGGGAUCCGGGGCCGGGAGAGCCGGGGCGGGCCGCGUCGCCUGUCCCCAGUCCCAGUCUCUCUUCUCCUCUGCCCGGUCCCGCCACCCCACGCCCGUCCCGGUCACCAAGCCGGGCCCCGUCGCCGCGCGAGCCCCGGUUCCGGCAGCUCACCCCGCGGGCGGCCGUCCGUCCGGUCCCGGGGCCGCCCCGUUCCUCCCGUCCGUUUCUGUGCCCGAGGCCGUCCCGUCCCCAGCUGUCCCCUUCUACGUCCGGAGCCGCUCCGUCCCCCACUGUCCCCUUCUACGCCGGGGCCGCCCCGUCCCCAACUGUCGCCUUCUGCGCCCGGGGCCGCCCCGUCCCCAACUGUCCCCUUCUGCGCCGCUGUGUUUCCCUACAUCCCCCUAGUCACCCUCUGUUCUCUAACCUUGGGGUUCCCCUUUCUGUCCCCCUCCACCUCCGGGUCCCUCUCUGUCCCCCUCCAUCCCUGAGCCCCUCUCCGUCCCCCUCCAUGCUAGGGUCUCCUCUGUCCUCAGGGCCACCAGAGUGGGGGAGGGGAGCACGCAGGCUCCCCUUGGAAUUGGGAGAAACGUGUUUAUCUUGUAGAGGGCGAUCUCAGCCUCACCAAGAAAAAUGUCGAGAACACGAACCAGAGCAUUUUAAAAUCCAAAAUGGAAAACUGAAUUGAGUGAAUGCAGACAGAAAAAUGAAGUCAACUUUGCAGGCCACAAAGCAAAUCAGAGACAGAGUUGGACCACGACUUGUUCAAUAACCCCACAGGUGCUUCCUCCUCCUGCCGGUCGCUGAAGAUCCCUGCUCUGUUUUCACUCUCGCAGUCUUGGAGAGAAAAUAAUCAGCUCCGUUUGUUGGACGUGACCCUCUCGUUCUCUGCUCACCUUGAGCCGCUCCUGUCUCUGCCACUGUCUUCAAAAGGUUAAGAUCCCUUCUGGGUGACAGUCGUAGGCUCCUUUCCACAUUCCUGGGGGCCACCUCACCCCCCUGGCACCCUCGUGUUACUUCCUCAGUCCCCACUUACACCUCCAUGCCUUCCUCCACUGUUUUUCCUUCUCCUCCUAGACCUCCAGGCUGCACUCAUUGAUUUCAUACCAGGAAGCUCUCUUUGUUGCCUCUCAAAAGUAAAAGUAUACAUUUGAUACCUAAUUUUGAAUUUGAUGUAAAGAUUAAUGGGAUGACAUGUUGGUAUUGAGUACAUUUGAUCUUCCUGUUCUAGAUCAUUCAAGAUGGGCUCUUAGGGGAAGUCUUACAAAUCUGUUCUGAGGAUAAUUCCAAUAAUGCCCCCUAAUUAUAUUGACAGAGGAUGUCCCAAUUUUGGGGCAAGAAGCCAGUUUUGUUGUUCUGUUUUGUUUUGGUUUUGGUGUCUGUACCAAUAUAUUGCCUAUUCUGGAGCAAAC